AAGGAUUGAAUAACAUUGUGGCAAGCACGCAGAGAGGUACCUGGUUCCUAGGAGGCUGCGUGUUUGCUAUUAAAAACCGACUGUACCCCAUGGGGGGUUCCUGCAUUGUGGCCCUCGUCGGCUUCCUCACAGCCCUCUCCUGCCGUUGUAGGGUGAUGUUGGACUCAGUGACACACAGUACCUUCCUGCCCAACACGUCCUUCUGUGACCCCCUGAUGUCGUGGACUGAUCUGUUCAGCAAUGAAGAGUAUUAUCCUGCCUUUGAGCAUCAGACAGCCUGCGACUCCUACUGGACGUCCGUCCACCCCGAGUACUGGACUAAGCGCCACGUCUGGGAAUGGCUCCAGUUCUGCUGCGAGCAGUACAAGCUGGACGCCAACUGCAUCUCCUUCUGCCACUUCAACAUCAGCGGCCCCCAGCUCUGCAGCAUGACGCAGGACGAGUUCAUCGAGGCGGCUGGCAUCUGCGGGGAGUACCUCUACUUCAUCCUCCAGAACAUCCGCUCGCAAGGUUACUCCUUCUUUACGGACACUGAAGAGACCAAGGCUGCCAUCAAAGACUGUAAGUAGCCAGGUUCACGUGGCCCAAGGCGGUGCCAAGGCCGCUGGUGGGCACCAUGGGCUUGACGGUUCUUUUGUGACCACAACCGAAAAGUUGAUGACCUAAUAAACCAGUCACGGACCAGAAGACAGCAAGGGAAAAUGUGGUGGGCAGAGCGCAGGGCCUGGGUUUAUGGAUUCCUCGUCCACCCCCAGACUCAGUUUCCCUAUCUGUAAAAUGGAGCGACCAUCCCCGGUUGUGGUGAGUUGCAGAAAUGGUGCAUAUGAAGUGCCUGGCAACACGGAUGCUCCAGGCAGUGCUAGCUGUGAGCAACAAUAACCAUAAUGACUAACCCUAGAGUCGAUGUCUCCGAAGAUCUGAGCUCCCUAAGUUUUUUUUUUUUUUAUUCUUAUGUUAAUCC